AUGUUUGGGAAUAAGAAAGAAAAAGGGAUCGCAAAUCAAAGCCGACUCUUUCUCCAGCAACAGAGGAAACUAAAGGGGUACAACCAUGUCCUGAAACUUGGAAAUGGAAAAGGGGAAUCAGCUAGUGGGCUCUGCCCCCUACCCACAGCUUCCUCCUCCCGGAGGCGGGCGUGGAGAAGUUCAGCACCUCGGAAAGCGCCCCCUCUACCCCCCCCCCCCCCCCCGCGCGGGGAAUACGCAUGCUCCCUGGGAGCCCGCAGCCAAGGCUUUGCGGGUACAACUAUAACUCCGGUGGCCGCAGCUGAUGACUCACUGGGAGCUGACAACAGCGGAGAGGUGAAGGCGCGAGGCAGCUGGGUAGACAUCGAAAGACCUCCAGAGGGUCAGAGCGAGGGUGGAUAUAAGCUAGUGCCCAACAAAGGCAGUGGGGAAACGUCUGAAUCGUACGGCAAGGACCGGGAGACUCCGACCUUGGCCAGGGAACCCUUGGGCGCCCACCGUUCGCCUCAGAAGCUGCACUGCUCGGCUCUAGGACUCCCCUCCGGAACAGACGCCAAGCGCAACUCCAGCGUCCAAGGCUGUGUGCCCCGCGCGGGGAAAGCGUUUGGCACUCAGUUUCCAGGAACUAUCUACAGCUGCGGCUUUGAAAGCUCCCACGGACGCCCUGCGCCCUUGCCGGGACAGAACCCCCAGAGAGUGGUCGCUGCCGCCACGACAGUCACCAUGAAUAAGGAGGCUGGAGGAGACGAGCUCGCAGAACUCUUCAGUCUGAUCCCGUAUCUUCUACAGGCGGCCAACACCAGCGGCAAUGCGUCGCUGCAGCUCCAGGACUUGUGGUGGGAGCUGGGGCUAGAGUUGCCGGACGGCGCGGCGCCGGGGCAUGCCCCGGGCACCGGCCGGGCCGAAAGUGCGGACACCGAGGCGCGGGUGCGGAUCUUCAUCAGCGUGGUGUACUGUGUGGUUUGCGCGUUGGGGCUGACCGGCAACCUGCUGGUGCUCUACCUGAUGAAGAGUAAGCACGGAUGGCGCAAGUCCUCCAUCAACCUCUUUGUCACCAACCUGGCGCUGACAGACUUUCAAUUCGUACUCACCCUGCCCUUCUGGGCGGUGGAAAACGCUCUCGACUUCAAAUGGCCUUUCGGCAAGGCCAUGUGUAAGAUCGUAUCCAUAGUGACGUCCAUGAACAUGUACUCCAGCGUCUUCUUCCUCACCUCCAUGAGCGUGGCGCGCUACCUGUCGGUGUCCUCUGCUCUUAAGAGGUACCGGACCCGAGGGCAUGGCUGGGGCGACUGCUGCGGCCAAAGCCUGGGGGACAGCCGCUGCUUCUCAGCCAAAGCACUGUGCGUAUUGAUCUGGGCCUCCGCCGCGCUGGCCUCGUUACCCAACUCCAUCUUCUCCACGACCUUCAAGGUGAUGGGCGAGGAGCUGUGCCUGGUGCGCUUCCCCGACAAGUUGCUGGGCGGAGACAGACAGUUCUGGCUGGGCCUCUACCACUUGCAGAAGGUGCUGCUAGCCUUCCUGCUUCCGUUGUGUAUCAUCAGCCUGUGCUACCUUCUGCUGGUGCGCUUCAUCUCCGACGGCCGCGUGGCUGGGACCGAAGGAGGAGCCUCAGCGGCCGGGGGCGGCCUGGCCGCAGCCAGCGCCCGUAGACGGUCCAAAGUCACCAAGUCAGUGACCAUCGUGGUCCUAUCUUUCUUUCUGUGUUGGCUGCCCAACCAGGCGCUCACCACCUGGAGCAUCCUCAUCAAGUUCAACGCGGUGCCCUUCAGCCAAGAGUAUUUCCUGUGCCAGGUAUACGCGUUCCCGGUGAGCGUGUGCCUGGCUCACUCCAACAGCUGUCUCAACCCCAUCCUCUACUGCCUGGUGCGCCGCGAAUUCCGCAAAGCGCUCAAGAAUCUACUGUGGCGCAUCGCGUCGCCUUCCCUCACCAGCAUGCGCCCUUUCACGGCCACCACCAAGCCAGAGCCCGAGGAUCAGGGGCUGCAGGCCCUGGCACCUCUCCACCGGACCGCGGAGCCUGACCUGGUCUACUACCCGCCCGGCGUGGUGGUCUACAGUGGGGGGCACUACGACCUGCUGCCCAGCAGCUCCGCCUACUGA